UCAGAGUGCUGUCAGCUGCUGUGGAUCUAUUGGCAACAAACAGGCGUUUUUCUUCCUUCUAAAAAAAGGAUAAGAAGAGCAGAAAGAAAAUGGAGAUGGAGCCAACUGAAGGUCCUUAUGAGUACUACGACUACGAGGAGACGGAAAACUCCACCAUGUGUGACUAUUCUGAGUGGACGCCGUCAUACUCUGUCAUCCCUGUGCUCUACAUGCUCAUUUUCAUCCUCGGCCUGUCUGGAAAUGGGGUGGUCAUCUUCACCGUGUGGAGAGCCCAGGGUAAGCGGCGAGCUGCUGAUGUCUACAUAGGCAACCUUGCCCUGGCUGACCUCACCUUUGUGGUCACUCUGCCUCUGUGGGCCGUUUACACGGCCAUGGGCUACCACUGGCCCUUUGGAAUGGCCCUUUGCAAGAUCAGCAGCUAUGUGGUCCUGCUCAACAUGUAUGCCAGCGUCUUCUGCCUCACCUGCAUGAGCUUUGACCGCUACCUGGCCAUCGUCCACUCAUUGUCCAGCACCCAGCUGCGCACCCGUGGCCACAUGCGAGGUUCCCUGACAGCCAUCUGGCUGCUGUCUGGUCUCUUGGCCGCCCCGACUCUGGUUUUCCGCUCCACAAGAUAUGAACCAACCAGCAACCGCACAUCCUGCGCCAUGGACUUCAGCAUGGUGGUGGUAAACAAAGAGCAAGAGAACCUGUGGAUCGCCGGUCUCAGCAUCUCGUCUUCAGCUCUGGGCUUUCUUCUGCCUUUCUUGGCAAUGAUGGUGUGCUAUGGCUUCAUCGGCUGCACUGUCACCCGUCACUUCAACACUCUGCGCAAAGAGGACCAGCGUAAGAGGAGACUGCUGAAGAUCAUCACCAUACUGGUAGUGGUGUUCGCUGCCUGCUGGAUGCCCUUCCACGUUGUGAAGAGUGCUGACGCCCUCUCCUACCUCGACCUGUUUCCCGCCACCUGUGACUUCCUGCGCUUCCUGCUGCUGGCUCACCCCUACGCCACCUGCCUGGCCUACGUCAACAGUUGCCUCAACCCCUUUCUCUACGCUUUCUUUGACCUGCGCUUCAGAUCCCAGUGUCUGUGCCUACUUAACCUGAAGAAGUCCUUGCAUGCAAGCCCUGCCAGCUCCCUGUCCUCUCAGAAGACAGAGGCUCAGUCUCUGGCCACGAAGGUGUGACGACAGCUGAGGGCCCAGAGGCAUGCUGGGGAAGAGGUGAACAAUGCAGAACAGUGCAGGUAAAUCAGAACUUUACGGCGCUGGGUGCUUCCUCGCAGACCGUCUGCGGUCCAUUUCAGGGUGCCACCUUAGCUCCCCUGUGACUCUGUGGACUACUGUGGGCAUUUGUCUGAAGAUGACUUUUGGAUUUUGGGUCUGACCACACUCCAACUCCAGCCUCACUAUCAGAAGCAGGGAAGAAUAACUCACAGACUUUGUAAUUUGUUGGAAAAAGUGGAAUGUACUUUAAAAGGACUAAACACCCAUGUGUUUCUCUUGGUUCUCCUGUGGACUAUGUGCAAAGUACUGAGCUUUGAACUCUGAAAUCCUGUCUUCAAGUCCCAGUGAAGUGUGUUACUCAUGCAUUUUGCCCCUGCUGUUCUUGUUUUCAUUUGUAAGCACUUGAGGUGUGAUAUCUACCAGACUACCCCGCUCUCCAGCUCAGUGUGUAGUAUAUGCACCACAGCCAGCAGUGUAAAGUCUGUUAGUGUGUGUGUCUGCGUGAGUGUGUGUAGGAAGGGUGUGCUAGUCGGUGAGAGGUGUUGGAGUCUGAUAAGAGUGUUGUAAGGAGAGACGGGGAUAGUGUGGGGGCGGGGGCGGGGGGGGGGGGAGUCCCAGACAGACAGACAGAUGGCAGCUGACAAAUGCUUUCAGGCUGGUGGAGGGCCCAAUUAAAAGGUGACUGCUUUGACAGUCUGCUGAUGUGUGAGUGUGUGUGUGUGUGUGUGUGUGAAGGAAUGAGUUUUGCCUGUGUUUGUUGAGCAUCAGAAUGACAAUGAAUUUGUUCCAAGCAAAUACAUGAAAGAACUUUGUGAAUACGCAUUAUUUUGAAUUCAUGUCUAUGAUUUGUAAUUAAAAAAAGAAAAGACGGUGCUCUGAAAAAAAAAGCCACAAACAUUUUCUCUCUGGUGUCACUCUGUUACUUGUGAUAGCUUGUUAAGUUUUGCUGGAAUGUAUUUUCUCCCAUCCAGUGAAUGUGCUUCUUCCUGUUGGUGCAUUGCUGAGGGGAGGCAGUCUCCCUACCAUUGUGUUUCGCAGGGUCAAAAUCAAAGCAUGUGUCUUGACAGGAAAUGCAUGUUCAACUUCUAUUUCCUUCUCCCAGCAUGUUUGUUUCUUCUCUUCUUACAAUCUGCUCUCACAAGCAAUCAGUGAGUACAAAAGUUUCUAAAUUGCCAUUGACAUUUGGCUUUGUCCCAAAGAUGUUGCCCAAGUGUUCAGUACCACAAUUUAAGGAUUCUUCUAAAAGAGUCUUUCAGUCCCCAUAUUAUAGCCAGUUGGUAUUUCAUGCUCUACUGUGUAAUAGUCAAAUGUGUGGACUUUAGCAAACAAACACUACAACAGGUUGUUGAGCUUUGAAUUAGAAUUCAGUGAUUAACCAAUUCCGACUGUAAUGAGCUUUUUACAGGACAUAAUCAGUGACGGCAGGGAGACAGAGGGAUUGGACUAAUCCUUGGUUACUGAUUUGUAGUGCGAGUCGACUGUUGUUGCCUGUGUAAUACCUGUGGUGGAGAAUGGCUUAGUCUAAAUCAGCUACAAUUACAGAACAACGCAGAGUGGCCAUUUUGGACAAUUGUAAUCAAAGUCAGACUACUCACAGAAGGAAGACUUCAUCUGCACCUUUAAUCUCAGACAGGUGAAGUCUGAAAACUUCCUAGUCAGAAGAAGAGAAAGAAAUACAACAGCUGCAGCAACAUUCACUCUGCUCUCCUUCAUCAGUGUCUCAGCAUUCCUCAAUCUCACGCAAGCCGGGACACAAACACAGACGCGCAAACAAUAUCUUUGUUAAAUAGAUCUCUGGAUUUAGUCUAGAAAGUUUGUACAUAUAAAAGACUCAGUCACAUACUCUAACAAGCUAAAAUGAAACAAUAAAAAUUGAGACAAAGGUACAAUUAAAAGUGAAUUAAAUAAGCACUGUCCAACAGUCUGUGCAACAAUGGGUUUUAUUGGUGAAACAGCAUACAGUAGUAGUUUAAAAUUCCAUCCAUCAGCUUUUUUUUUUACAAGAUGACUUGUCACAUUAUUCUCCACCUGUCAGCAUCAAAUUCAAAGCCCAAUGUGAAAGAUAAUCUGGAUAGAUUAUGUUCAUGGGUUUUCAAGUUUUAUGAAGCUAAUGUGAUCAUGUUACAAGAUUUCAUGGCAUGAACUUUGCCAGGGCUAGAAACAAAUUUGCCACGAGAGGAAAGAGAUUUAUGCCCUUUAGUCCUCUAUAGACCUGGUGUUUGUCUGAGAGGACUGAAAUGAUUACACAAAUGUUUUCAUUCCUCUGUAAUAACAGAGUGUGAAAAUUAAGUGUGUCUACACUGGGAGCAGGCUUGCCGCAGGGAAUCCCAGGGGUAUAAACAGUCCUCAUUUUCCACUUCCAAGAAAUGACGAACAACUAGAAUUUAAAAUUCACCCACCGGCAUUAAUGGUCAUUUAACCCUUGCUUUAACCAGUACUUAAUAAAUAACUGUGUUCUCUGAUAUAACUGAUAGACAGAGAAAGUGAUUGAGUUUGAUUGAGUAAUUUCUUCAUCUAAGCAGGCAACAGUAGGUCGGCCUGUGCAAAUGCGAGUGCCAGUGUUGUCUGAAAACACACCUGAGGAAAAAAAUAAAUAAAUCAAAACUCCAUAAAAUAACAGAUAACAAACUCACACCACUAAUUAUAUCCAUAAAAUUAUCUUGUAGACACCACUGUCAACAUUUGACACAACUGUUUUUUAAUCACGUCAAACUGCAUAGAUCUGCUUUACUUUGAACUAAAUCUAUAUAUUGCACACUAAAUGUCUAAAAAGUCCUUCCCCAGUGGAAGUAAAGAAACCAGUUAAAGGAUAAGUCAGCAAUUAUCCUGAGAAGUAUUUUUUACCUAAGAGAUUAUCCAGAUGAAACUG